UUACUCUUUAGUCUUUACAACAACUUUUUGGGGUCAUCAUACUCGCAAAUUCCUACGCAAUUUCUAUAUAAACAGAUAUCAUAAGACUUGCAAUAUGUCAUCAAGAAGCUUCGAUAUCUCAAUCUAUCUCUACUCAUUCUCUCUUAAAAAAAAAAAAAAAAAUCAAAAAUUUCUGGAGUAGUUUCUCGAGCCAUGACCGCAAAGGUACAAUACAUUUUAUCUUCCUUAGAGUAUGCGUUAAUUAAUCGUUAUAUACACAUAUACUAUUCCACAAGUUCUAACUAUAUAUAUAACUAUCACUUUUUUUACAUUGAAACUAUGCAAUAAGCCAAACUGAUUUCUGAUUUGUAAUGACAGAACGCUGUGUUGCAAUUGAGUAUUCACGAGGAGAGAACCAGGAAGAAAGCGCUUGUCACCGUUUCUCGAUUUUCAGGAGUUACUUCGAUAACAAUGGACAAAAGUGGGAAAAUGACAAUAGUUGGAGAAGUUGAUGUACCAGCUGUCGUGAUGAAGCUAAGGAAGCUAUGUAACACAGAGAUCGUUUCAGUCGAUGAUGUUAAACCACCUGUUAAAAAGCCUGAACCUGAGAAACCAGCUGAAUCUAUUGCAUAUCCUGUUCCGAUGAACUACGCGUACCAAUUCAAUCCUGCCUAUGCAAAUUCUUACUAUCAUCAACCAUACGGAAAUUGUAGAGUGGUAGACGAACCAAAUUGUGUGAUUAUGUGAUUGUUCUAGUGUUAUUUCAAUUAAUGUUCAGUUAUUUAACACUUAUAGUUUUGAUAGAAAUAUGUAAUUUUUUCUUAGAUACUGUUGUAAUAUGUAAUUUUUUGUCAUCGUUGUAAUAUACAUUUCUCUUGCCAAAUAAAUCAAUUUUGUAUGACAAAAUUAAUCUUAAUACGC